AUGUUGACUUCAACUCUUCUUCUCGCCUCUCUUGGCGUUGCCGCUGCGUUCAAGAACACUCCCGAUGUGACGGUCAGGGUGACAUCUACUCGGACCAUCGCCUUCUGCGCCUACCCUACCGGCUUCGGUCCCUGUGAUGGGGCCAGUCAAGCCUGGGAGGCUGGCGUCACGGGUCACAUGGGCCAGGACGACUGGGCGGCUGGCACGGUCCCCCGCAAUUCGGGCCUCACGGUGGUUCUCAGGGCGGCUCUGAGCAAAGCGGUUCUCAACACGGUAGCUCUCAGGGCGGAUCUCAGGGCGGAUCUCAGGGCGGUAGCUAUCAAGUCGGGCCUCAAGGUGGCUCUCAACACGGUGGCUCUGAGCAAGGUGGCUCUCAGGGUGGCAGCUACUAUCAAGUUGGGCCUCAGGGUGGAUCUCAAGGCGGUUCUCAGCAAGGCGGCUCCCAACAUGGUGGCUCCCAAGGUGGUUCGCAGCAAGGCGGCUCUCAACAUGGUGGCUCCCAGGGUGGCUCCCAAGGUGGCUCCCAAGGUGGUUCUCAACACGGAGGCUCGCAAGGAGGUGGCUAUCAGGGUGGCUCUCAGCAGGGUGGCUCUCAGCAGGGCGGCUCUCAAGGCGGUGGUUAUCAAGUCGGCCCUCAGGAAACGCCAAGCUGGAACGGGUGGCUCCCUGGUUUUCUCCAGCCCGGCCAAGGUGGCAAUGGAGGUGUCCACACUGUUACAGUCACAGUAUCGCCUACCUUGA